UCGAUGAGUUAUGAACAAAGUUGUUUCAGAUGCCGGGUAGCUUUCUGAAAUUUUUUGUGGUUUUUGUUCACUUUCGGCACAAAUUAAGUUUAAAUUUUGUUUAUUAAGUUCUUUUAUUUGAUAAUUAAAAAAAUAUGUCCGACGAUGAGGACCUCCAAUAUGUUAAAAGGCAACGAACGCUUCAUUAUGGUUCACUUGAGGAAGUAGAAAGAAAGCGUCAAGCUGCAGCUAUUGUUUCAAGCGGUAAUCCUGCAGCAAUAACUUGUACUUCAAGUGGUGGAGUAACGAAUCAACUUGAGGAUAUCGACUCCGAUGAAGAUUAUGAAGAAGUAAAGAAACCUUCCGCGCCUUCCUUGCCUCCUACAUCGGGUGCAUUGGCAAAUAAGAUCGAUGAUGAUUAUUUCGACUUGGAAACUGAAGUAGCAAAGGACAAGGAAGCGCUUCUCAAAGAAUUUGAACGAAAAAAGCGCGCACGGCAAAUAAAUGUUUCCACAGACGACGCUGAAAUAAAAGCCAACUUGCGGCAACUCAAUGAACCAAUAUGCUAUUUUGGCGAAGGACCUGCUGAGAGGCGACGUCGAUUAAAAGAAUUGUUGGCUAGCUUGGGAGAGAAUGCGAUCAAACAAAAGCAGACGGAAGAAGAAGAGCGAAAGCAACUUCAGAAAGAACAAGAGUCAACAUGGUAUCACGAAGGACCUGAAGCUUUACGUGUUGCAAGAAUUUGGCUUGCUGAUUAUUCAUUACCGCGAGCAAAAGAGCGCCUAGAGCAUGCGCGCUGCCAACUGGAUAUACCAAGUGCGACUCGUGCAGGACGCAUGGUGGAACUUCAAAAGAGGCUGCAUUCACUUGCACCGCAAUGCAGUCAAGUGGGCGACACACGUCCAGUUAGUGGAGUGGCUUUUAGUGAAGAUUCUAAAUUGCUCCUUACAUCAUCAUGGUCAGGGCUAUGCAAAGUUUGGACAGUACCAGAUUGCAAGUUAUUGCUGACACUGCGUGGCCACGCCAGUUACGUUGGUGGUGUUGCAUUUCGACCCGGGGUGUCACAAGAGGAUGGUAAUGUUGUGACAAUGGCUUCUGGAGGACAUGAUGGUGCUGUUAAAUUGUGGGGCUUCAAUUCUGAAGAAUCGUUAGCUGAUAUAACUGGUCAUAUGCCGCAUCGUGUUUCUAAGUUAGCAUUUCAUCCAUCGAGUCGAUUUCUCGCUACGGCAUGCUAUGAUUCUUCAUGGCGCCUUUGGGAUUUAGAACAGAAAACAGAAGUUUUGCAUCAAGAAGGGCAUGCCAAAUCCGUACAUUGUCUGAGCUUCCAAACCGAUGGCAGUGUUAUUGUAACCGGUGGACUUGAUUCAUUCGGGCGCGUGUGGGAUCUCAGAACAGGUCGAUGCGUAAUGUUUCUAGAAGGCCAUUUAGGAUCUAUUUUCGGAGUGGAUUUUUCACCCAAUGGCUUCCAUAUUGCCACAGGUUCUCAGGAUAAUACUUGUAAAAUUUGGGAUUUACGUCGACGCCAGCCUGUUUACACUAUGCCUGCGCAUACAAAUUUAAUAUCGGACGUGAAAUACCAACGUGAUGGUGGUAAUUUUCUUGUUACUUCGUCUUACGAUUGUUCUACAAAAAUAUGGUCAAACAAAACAUGGCAGCCAUUAAAAACGUUAUUAGGACAUGAUGGAAAAAUAAUGGCCGUGGACAUCUCGCCGAAUUCGCAACAUAUUGUAACGGCUUCAUUCGAUCGUACCUUUAAGCUCUGGGCUCCGGAAAGCUGAUGCUAAUGGACAGCAUUUUUCAUCUUCAUGUGGAUGCCUUAUUCUUGGUUUUGAUUAUUAUUAUUACUUAUCAUUAAAAUUCACUGCGAAGUUACAUAGUUUAUUUUUGUAUUGUUAAAUAUGCUAAUGUUGAAAUGUUAGACCACUUAUUUUUUCCAUAGAACGGAACGAGGAUUUAACAUAUCUUUAAUGUUUCUUACAGUAAUGUACCAACGAUCGAAAAUUUCAUUGAAUAAGCAACUCUAAAACGUAUUGCGCAAAGAUCUUUAGGUAAAAAAGAUUAAUUAAAUAUACGCUGAGCAAACAUCCACUUUGUAUUUGAAUGAGAAGAAUAAUGUAAUUAAAUAUAAAAUAAAAGUGAUUUGUUAUGCAUUAAAAUAAA